AUGGAUGCACCAUUUGCGUUGUGCAGUAAUCUAAUCAACAGUCUCCGAAAAGAGGUUGGUAGUUUUGAUCGUGGUAAGGCAAAAAUACGAUGCAAAAUGAGUACUCCAAUACAGGGUGCCUUCUGGAUGAUAGUCACCUCUUUGUGUUUUUGGGGCAUCGGCCGUGCUCUACCUGCCGCUCUCCUCACACCACUUGCCGAAGAUAAUUUGGAUAAAGACCGGUUUAUAUACUUCGUUGCCGCAAUUUCUGCCACUAAAGUUGCUGGACCCGCACUGGGAUUCAUACUUCAUGGACUAACUCAACGCUGGUACUAUACACUUCAAGGUUUCUUACUAACCCUACUGUUUUACAAUGUUGAACUGUAA